GAAAGGAAUGAAGAUGAUAUGCCCUUUCUUACGCCCCUAUAUAUUUGUUCUUCAGAGCCCCCACAAAGCCACGGCGACCUGCUUAGCGAGCAAGCUGACUCAGCGGUCCACGACGCGACGAAGAUACAACUGAAAAAUCUCAGGCAAUAGAAGGCCACUUGCAUCUCAGUCAGGAUGUUCAGCUGAGUUACCCAACGCGGUGGCGGAUCCUUGCAAGAGCUUUCUGUUCGAUCCUCUAUCUCUCGAAGAGGACCUGUGGAGCGACUUUGGAGAGAUUCUUUCGUGACUUGGUUUGCGCACACUCCAUGUUGGUCGUUUUGUCCGCUCAGGGCUACCAAAUCGACUCCCUUCCCCCCUCCCCCGCUUGCGGUCAAGCUACCUUUCAAUAUGGAUUACGAGCAAGAUGAGGUGCCUUUCUACGAAAAGCCCGAGUGGGCCGACGUUGUGCCCAUUCCUCAGGACGAUGGACCCAACCCAUUGGUUCCCAUUGCCUAUAGAAAAGAGUAUUCCAUUACUAUGGAUUACUUCAGAGCCAUUUCCAAGGCACAGGAGCAGAGCGAACGCGCAUUAGAACUGACAAAGAUCGUGAUCGAGCUGAGUCCCUCCCAUUACACUGUGUGGCACUAUCGCCAAACGCUGCUUAAGGCGUUGAACAAAGACCUGAACAAAGAGCUCGAGUGGACCAGAUGGAUGGGUUCCGAGCAUCCAAAGUCGUAUCAGAUCUGGCACCAUCGCCAGGUGAUUGUCGACCACCUCUCGGCCUCGUUCCUGUCUACGCCUUCAUCAGCGCUACCAACAACGGCAUCGACCUUAACCAUGGCUCCAAUAAUACCCUAUCAGGAUUUGUCCGAAUCUCAGCAAGCGGCAGUAAGGGAUGUUGUUCAGGUCGAGCUGGACUUUAUAGCGGCGUCAUUGACAGAAGAUUCCAAGAAUUACCAUGCCUGGGGUUAUCGCCAAUGGGUCCUGAGUCAUUUUGGGAACGGUCCUUGGUGGGAACAGGAACUGUCGUAUAUCGAUGAUUUGCUGACGGUCGAUAUCCGAAACAACUCAGCAUGGAACCAGCGAUUCUUUGUGGUCGGCAUGGGACCCAAGAGCUUGACAUCAGAUGUUACCCAGCGCGAAGUUGAAUACGCCAAGGCAAAGAUCGAAAGGACACCCAACAAUGAAAGUCCAUGGGUCUAUAUCGCCGGAAUCCUGAACAAGACGAAGCGCCCAUUGUCAGAGAUCCAGGAGUUUUGUGAGGGAUUGAUUUCUCUCCCACGCGCCAACUUCUCACCUUACCUUCAUUCGACCUUACUGGAUAUUUAUGAGCAGGAAGCAAAGGAGAAAAAGACCGCCGAGAGCGUCAGCAAGGCCAAAGAAGAGGCUAUUAUGUUGGCUGAGAAGAUUGAUACCAUCAGGAGCAAAUACUGGAACUGGAGAAUGAACCAACUCAAGAGCAUUUCCGUUAAUGCGUAAGGAAUGAACUGAUAACACCAGAAGCGUCGACAAUGAGGGUGAGCAGCGCGGCAGAGCAAAGCUACGGGUGCUGCUAUAGUGCUGCGUGUAUACGACGACAAUAAAACGUAAAUCCCAUCAGUUUAUUAAGC